AUGACAGAAGCCUAUUUUACCCGAUUAUUCGCAACAAAAGCCUCUGACAAGACGCACGCGCACGUCUUCCGAGCCGACAUCCCCUCGAAAAUCCUCCACGCUCUCGACAACCCGACCGAAGACAUGGACAAUCUUGUCUGGCCAGCGAUCCAGCACAUCCAGGUCCCCUUCGAACCGCAUGCGACCUUCUCAGAGCGAGUCGCAGGACAAUUGCUCGCUGGUCUUAAGACACGGGCGCCGGAGGAGACACCACGAGGAGAGAAGGAAGGGCGAUAA